AUCCAGCAGUUUGCAAAAAGUUCAGCAUGUCUCUGUGUGAAAUAUCUCCCAGUGUGGUUUUACUUCUUUACAGGUUUGGGUUAUGCUGACGUAGAGAAUCGUGUGAUGUGUAAGCCAGAGACCAUCAUGAGAAUCGCCAGUAUUAGCAAGUGUCUUACCAUGAUGGCUGUUGCUAAACUGUGGGAAGAGGGGAAGCUGGACUUAGAUGCUCCAGUGCAGAAAUACGUCCCUGAAUUUCCAGAAAAAGUCUACGAGGGUGAAAAGGUUACUAUUACCACAAGAUUGUUAGUCUCACACUUGAGUGGGAUUCGUCACUACGAAAAAGAUAUUGCAAAAGUAAAGGAAGAAAAGGAAAAGGCAAACAGAGCACUUAAACUAACAAAAUCCGGCCAAGAUAAAGAACAGAAAGAGAAAGAUGGCAAAGGCAUUGAAAAGACUGACUCUGGCAAGCCAAGGAAGGAACACGAAGGUGAAGUAAAAAACCAAAAUUCAAAACCUGGCAGGAGAGACAAGGAGUUUGAACACGAAGAGUAUUAUUUGAAGGAAAAAUUUGAGAGUGUGAUUGAAUCGCUGAAGAUAUUUAAAAAUGAUCCCUUAUUCUUCAAACCAGGUAGCCAGUUCUUGUAUUCAACAUAUGGCUUUACCCUCCUUAGUGCUGUUGUGGAGAGAGUUUCGGGGCAAAAAUUUACAGAUUACAUGCUAAAAAUGUUCCGUGACUUGGAUAUGCUGUCAACUGUGCUGGAUGACAAUGAAGCAAUGAUAUAUAACAGAGCAAGGUGUUACGUUUACAACAAAAAGGGACGUCUGGUGAACGCACCGUAUGUGGACAACUCUUACAAGUGGGCUGGUGGAGGCUUCCUGUCAUCAGUAGGUGACCUUCUGAAAUUUGGAAAUGCCUUGUUGUACAGUUACCAAGCUGGACAAUUUAGAAACAAUAAUAGGAAGCUUCUGCCUGGGUACCUGAAACCAGACACAGUUGCAAUGAUGUGGACCCCAGUGCCAAAAACUGAAGUGUCGUGGGACAGGGAUGGUAAAUAUGCCAUGGCUUGGGCUGUAGUAGAGAAAAAACAACAGUAUGGCUUUUGCAGGCGGCAGAGGCACUAUGCAUCUCAUACAGGUGGUGCAGUGGGUGCAAGCAGCGUUCUCCUGAUUCUUCCUGAGGAGUUGGACUCUGAUGCUGAAGAUACUGCAGAAGUGGCACCACCUAGAGGAGUAAUUGUUAGCAUUAUCUGUAAUAUGCAAUCUGUUUCCCUCAACAGCACUGCCUUAAAGAUUGCGAGGGAAUUUGAUAAAGAAAAACAGGCACAAUAUAUAGAUUAAAAAAAAAAGAGAUGAAUAAUUGAACUUGAAAUAAGUUGAGUAAGUGAACGUGAAAAACAAAUGGAAACGGAGAUCAAAUUGGGCCCUGAGAUCCCAAAGGACAGGUGAGGAAAAAGCAUCAACACUUCACUGAAAUUCUGCUAGUGGUGCCACGUUUAAGUGUACUGGAAUUCAUCUCUCAGGGAAGCUCCUUACAGGAAAGAAGAAUGUAACAAGCAAAUUUGACUUCCUGUGUUAAAUGUGUAAAUUAUCAUUUUAGUAGCGAGGCUUUUUCCUCAUCCAGUUUUUUGACCAACAUUCAAAAAAUAAAAACAAAACAACAGCGGCCGAACAAACAGAGGUUUGCUUUCUCCUAUUGAGUACAACAGCAGAUUAUCUGCCUUCAGUGCUAAACUGUUAAAAGACCUAAUUCAUUAUUCUCAGUUCAGAUCUGUGAAAACAGUAAAAUCAGAUGACUUUACUGUUGACAAAAUCUGUGUUUUUACAUACAACUUUUUUAAAAUUUGAUUAAAAAGCAAAAAACAAAACUACCUCUGGGAUGAAGAUUUCCAUCAAGUGCAUUUUUGUCAGAGUUGUGUAUUGCUAAGAAUUGGAAAAGAAAGGGCAUAGAGUCAUGUGUGUAAAAUAAUUUUAUUUCGAUAUUCAAUGCCAUUCUUUGUUAGACAUAAAACCUGGCAUUACUGUACUGUGGAAAUAAAGGUGUUAUUUCACAUGUACCUGAGCAGCACAGCACAGUGAGCUGUCAGACAGCCUUACUGCUGGAUGAAACAUGUGCUAGCUUUGGUAGCAGUGGUUGUAGCCAACAGCUGGAAAUGGCACUGUAUUCUGGAACGUAGAUUUUCCUUUUGUUCAGGAAUUAGGAACUAAAAUAACUCAGUAAAAUUUCAAGUCCAUUCUCAAAGCCAGUAGUAGAAAUCCGAUGCACUUUGAGGUUUUGUUUGUUUGUCUUCCCCAAACCAUCCUUUUUUCUAUUUCGGACAUCUACCUCAUUGCAUUACUUUUGCACUGAACAAGAAAUUCUGGCAGACUUCCAAAUAAGCAGUAUCUAAUCUUCAUGUUUUCAAUAGAAACACAGUAACAGCUGAUUAUGUUUAUGUGAUGUAUUCCAUCAUGGCGUGCACGAUCUCUGUGAUCUCCAAGAUUCCACUUCCCUGCGGUUACAUCAGGCAGUAUUUCCAGGUUGAGAUGAAACAAACCAUCCUGCAGAAGGAAUUCUACUGCUCGAGUCCCUGCACUGUUUAGCAGUUCUGCCUCUGAAUUUAAGGAGCAAAAUGUUUUGAGUUACAGUUGAAAGAAGGUAGCCUUACCUUCAUCUUUCCCAAGCUAGAGUUUUUAGUAUUAACAUCAUACUGCUACUUGCCAUGUGAUGCAGUGCCAUGUUGUCAGCUCUGUUACCAUUAUGCCUGUGAAUAUUUUUUGUCUGACAAAUGAAGAAAUGUAUUACUUGAGGUGUCAGUGCUUUACCUGCACUGGCAGUAGGGGGCUGCUUUAGGACUCUUUAUAAUUAUUAUUUACUGUGCCUUAAAACAGUAAAAGCUUACAAACUG